AGUGACUCAGGUUCUCAGUGCUGACCUGCCUCAGUGGUCUUCAUUCGUUGGGACAUUGAUUUAUGGUCCUCACGAGCCUCAAGUGACACCGUGUGCUCUUCCCCCAAGGGCUGGUAGGCCAGCAAGGUGACAAUUAGAGAUUGGACAUGACCGCUGCUCUGCCCUGGGAGAGUGACACAUGUGUGUGACGGCCUCUCCUCAGCCCUUCUCAAAAUGUUUGUGCAGGAGCAGCCAUAAAUGCUGCUGUAUUGACCCGAAGAUGCAAUCCAAGGCGUUUGAGCCUAGGCCUUAUCUACAUCACCUUAUCAGGAGCCAGAGAGCGAGAUGCACCCCGGGAAGGGAGGGGACUGUGCCAGAGGGUUUGGCCUCGUCCCUUCUCUUCUGGCACGGGGAGGGACUGCGGGCAGAGCUGGGUAAUGAUUUGUCAUCGCGAGGACCGGGGUGUCUCUCCCUGCAGAGGAAACCUUGGCCGUGAUUGACAGUGGGGCUGUUUCUGCCACUUCCCUCGCUGUUGUCAAGUAAUAAUGAAGCUUUGUCAGUCCAUCAUGGACAUGGAUAUGCCAGAUUAUGUCGACUCCUUGGACUCCUCUUACACCAUGCUGGAAUUCGACAACCUCCGCGUGCUCCCCAACAACACCGAGGCCAUCGCGGCCGAGUCAGCAAACACCAACCUGCUCCCCAACGGGGUCAGCUCCCUGUGCUCCAUCUGUGGGGACCGAGCCACUGGCAAGCACUACGGGGCCUCCAGCUGUGAUGGCUGCAAAGGCUUCUUCAGGAGGAGCGUCCGCAAGAACCACGUCUACUCCUGCAGGUUCAACCGACAGUGUGUGAUAGACAAAGACAAGAGGAACCAGUGCAGGUACUGCAGGCUGAAGAAAUGCUUCAGAGCUGGCAUGAAGAAAGAAGCCGUGCAGAACGAGCGGGACAGGAUCAGCAUCCGCAGGAGCAGCUAUGAGGACAAUGGCUCUCUCUCCAUCAACAUCCUCACUCAGGCUGAGGCCAUGGCACAGCAGUAUUUAUCCCUGAGCCCCGUGCACAGCACAGACAUUGCCAUGAAGAAGAUUGCCACCAUCAACGACGUGUGUGAAUCCAUGAAACAGCAGCUCCUGGUGCUGGUGGAGUGGGCAAAAUACAUCCCAGCCUUUUGUGAGCUCCCCCUCGAUGACCAGGUUGCUUUGCUCAGAGCCCACGCAGGGGAACAUCUGCUCCUCGGGGUAGCCAAGAGGUCCAUACCAUACACUGACUUCCUGCUGCUGGGGAAUGAUUUCAUCAUCCCGAUGCACUGCCCAGAGCUGGAAAUCGCUCGUGUGGCCACCAGAAUCUUGGACGAGCUGGUGAAGCCCCUGCGGGACAUCCAGAUCGAUGACAACGAGUACGCCUGCCUGAAAGCCAUCAUCUUCUUUGACCCAGACUGCAAAGGCCUGAGCGAGCCGGGCAAGGUGAAGAACAUGCGCUUCCAGGUGCAGGUGAACCUGGAGGAUUACAUCAACGACCGCCAGUACGACUCGCGGGGCCGCUUCAGCGACAUCCUGCUGCUGCUGCCGCCGCUGCAGAGCAUCACCUGGCAGAUGAUCGAGCAGGUGCAGUUCGUCAAGCUCUUCGGCGUGGCCAGGAUCGACAGCUUGCUGCAGGAGAUGCUGCUGGGAGGAACCUCUGCUGAUCUCCAGUACCAGUCAGCACCUCCCAACCUCAACCUGGAACCACUGCCAGGACAUGUCCUGCAAAGCAACAUGACCUCUGUGAUCCACGCUGCUCCAGACCCAUCUCCUGAGACAUCCCUUCCAUCUCCCUCUGCCAGCACAGCCAGUGAAGACUAUAAACUAGGCUCUAGCGCAGGGCCCAGCUCCAUAGUGCAGCUGCUGCCUCAGCCAGUGAUGCCCAAGCAGGAGAUUUUAUAGGGAGAGGAGGAAGGAGGAGCUGGGAGCGCUGUGGGAUCCGUGCUGACAGUGAACCAGGCCCUUUCUCUUUGCAGAGGCCAAGCACAGCUCGCCCCUGCCCGGAGCUGCUCCCGCCCUUCCCCGCCCGUGAGCCCAGGGACAGGCAGAGCCUGCAGAGGAGCCUCGCCACGGAAUUCCCACCAUGGCACCCCCACGGCACAAGGAUUGGGGCUGGUGCCCUCCUCAGCAGGGCCGGGACUGGCAGCUCUUUGGGUUCUCAGUGUUUGUGACCAUUGCUCGUGACCCUGUCUCCAUCAAUCCCAGGGCCUUGCACAGCUCCUGGGAACCCUUUGUGCACACAGCCUGAAUUGGGAUCAAAAGGUCUAUUCCCAGCACAAAUUAAUUAAUUGCACUCCCAUUUCUCCUGUUGAGCUUUAGGAAAAAUAUCAUCUCAAUCUUUUCAAGGCCAAGGCCUUAUUCCACCCAGGGGGGCCUUGUCCCAAUAGGGCAGCCAACCCUUAAUGCUGUCCAGUUCUUUUUUAUGAACAGAAAUGCCAACAUUUUGCUAUUUUCCACAAUUUCCAGUAUAUCCAGAGUCCAUUUGUGAGCCAGUGGAUGGACACUACCUUGUGAGGAGAUCUAACACCAGACAGCAGCAACGAUCUCUGCCUCUCACCGUGGCUGCUGCUCUGGUAAACCCCAAAUCAAGGCUGACUUAUCCCCAACCCAGCUUGUUAUCUCCUGCAAACAUUUUUGGAAAAAGAAGCGCCCCAAAAUACCUUUUCCCAGUACAGAGAUGUGAUUUUUCUGUAGUUUUGUGUUUCUUUCUAAUGUCUGCAAUGUGGCCGUAAAUUAGCCAAGAAAAGGAACAGGCAAGCCUGUGAGCCACUUUACACAAAAAGUGUAAAAACAAGGUGUAAA